AUGAGGAAUUUCUCUGGCUUUGGUAAAAAAGGAGAAAACGGAGGUAAUUCCAUUGAGCUUCUUGGAGAACCGCUAUUGAAGCCCUCCAUGAUGGACAUUAUUUCCCAUGAAGCAUUUCUUCAGUGGUGGUAUUUUAAUGCACAUUUGAGGGACGUUGAUAGCGAAAAGGAAUUUUCCUUCUUCACUUCCUUUUUUGCUUUUAAAGACCCUAAGAAAGAGCUGAAAGGUGACUUUUAUGAUGCAUGCACAUGGGCGUUGAUUGAUGUCACAGAGAAAAAAUAUUACCCUGACUCCCUACUUGACCGCCGUGCAGCAGAGAUUAUUAUCGGGAAAAUUGAAGCCAAUGAAGCUAAAUACAAUAUCAAUGAAUAUCCUGUGGAAAUAAUAAAGGAAUUGCUAAAACAAGGUAAAGUACCUUUACCCGACAGGUUAAUGGAGAAAACUGCAGUUUAUGACAAUGACACUUUGAAAAUAAAUUUUAAUGAUGAAUUUUUUCUCGAAGGUGAGGGAGAUGAUGCUGAACGCCGAUACAAAUUACAUCAUCAUAACCCAUUGCGGAAUAUUACAGUGGAACUGGAAUUUACUGCGAGAACUAUUCCUUCUUUCCAUGGGGAUAAUGGCUUUAUAAAACGAAUGUUUUAUUACUACUACCCUUCAAUGAGUGUGGAGGGGAAGUUGACGAUUGGUGACUCAACUAUAAAUGUAAAGGGCGAUGGUUGGUAUGAUAGAGAGUACGGAAGCCCAGCGGACGAUAGCAGAGAGAAUCAUGGUAUUUGGAAUUGGUUUGGCUUGCAACUUUCGAACGGCUAUCAAUUGAAUUUGUUUGAGCUUUUUGACGGAAUUACGGGAAAAAGGGAAGAACAACUUGCCGUGCUUACUUCGGGUGAAAAAAGAUACACUUGCCGUGAUUUCAUAAUUGAGCCAGUAGAAUGCUGGACAAGUCUGGUAACGUUUCAAGACUACAAUGUGGCGUUUCAUAUUGAGCUUCCAUCUUUUCAAUUAUCCUUUGAUUUACGUGCUUCCUUUAAUCACCAAGAGUUCCAGACAGUUUUGACAUUUUUUGGAUUUUACGAGGGGCGUGUAACCGGCGAGGGGUCUCAUGAAGGGACGCCGGUGAGUAUAAUUGGAUUUUAUGAGCAGAAAAACGCGAGUUCCCCUGCUAGUACUUUCUCCAUUAUAAAUAAGUUGGGAGAAAAAACGAGGGGAAUAUUGUCAGAGGUUUAUCCCUUGCAUGCUUCUGUUGAAUGGAUUGAAAAAAAUGUUCUUGGACGAUUUUGUACUUGUAAAGGCGUUCUUCCUCAGCAUAUUUGUGAUACAUUGUUUCUUCCAGUUCGUUUUCUCAUUGAUCGAGGUGGAAAAUGUUGGCGCACGUUUUUUCUUUUUGCGUGUUCUAACGCUCUUUCACGGGAUUAUGCUGAUACUUCAAGGUGUGUAAUUAUCACUGAGCUUGGACAUGUGGGUUCUCUUAUUAUUGAUGAUAUUGAGGAUGGUUCUUCUGUUCGACGUGGUGGAAAGGCUGCCCACGUGGAGUUUGGUACUCCAACAGCUAUUAAUGCUGGAACAGCUUGCUUUUUUAUGAGUGUCCCAUUUGCAGAUGUCAGUUCUCUUCCGGCUGAAAAGGCUAAGCGAUUUUACGAAUUAUAUUUUGAGAUGAUGAAAGCAGCUCAUGCGGGACAAGGACUGGACAUUCGAGGCCUAGGAUAUUUGAUGCCCGAUGUAGUUCGUACCGGUGAAACCAAAGCGCUUGAAGAUGCCCUCAAAGCCAUUCAUACAUGUAAGACUGGGGCCAUUUGCGGUGCAAUAUGUUCAUUUGCUUGUGUUUUAACCGACACAAGUGAGGAAGUUACCCUAGCGAUGGAGGAAUUUGGAAAAGCAAUCGGUUUGGCAUAUCAAAUUAUUGAUGAUGUACUGGGUGUAAAAGGAUUUGAAGGAAAUCUUAAGGAAGCAGGAGAAGAUAUACGCGACGGCAAGAUUACUUAUCCGGUGGCAAAAGCAAUGGGAAAACUGGAGCUUCCGCAAAGAGAACGUAUUUGGAGCAUAUUAAAUGAACGUACAUCGGACCGUGAAAAAAUUGAGGAGGCUUUAAGCCUGAUUAAUUCGGCGAAUGUCGUUGAUGAAUGUGUUGCAGAUGCCCGGCAACUCGUCGAAGAAGAAUGGAAAGUUGUUGAUCCUCUUAUUCCAGAUACCGUUUCAAAAGUUAUGCUACGAGCAUUAUGCUUUUAUAUUAUAAGGCGAAACUGUUAG